GCGCUGCGAUUUUAGUGGCACUCGAGCCAGCUGAGCAAACGGACGUGCGAUAGAGAGAGAUCGGUCGAACGAUAAUAAUCAUCAGUCAUCAUUCAGUUAACAGCCACGAACAUCGGAAGUGCAGGCGGGAGCAUCAGCAGUCGGCGGAACUAAUUAAACUCGCUAAAUAAAAAAAGAGCAUAAAAAAGAUUUGUCUAUUAACGGCGCAUCUUUUGGUGCAAUUUUCCGUUCGACUUCAACGCGCUCGGGCGUGAUGUCGCUGGCAGCAACAGCAACAGCAGCAGCAGCAACAAUUGCCAAAUAUUGUGUAUACGCACUGCAAGCCCAAAGUAAAUGAAAAGUCCGGCAAAAACAAAAUUCUCGUGGGGCAGCAUCUGUGUUAGACCCACCUGCCUGCAAUUAUUAAUAUUCAACUAAAGUGCGCGCGAUUACAUUAGAACGAGUGUGCAACAAGUAACAGCAGUAAAUCAUGUUUCUGGAGAGUGUGCAUCUGUUCACGCUGGCAUUGGUAGCGCUGGCAGCCGCCUCGUGGGGCGACGCGAGUCAAAGUCAGUACCACAUUCAAACGGAUGAGGGACCUGAGAGAUACUUCCGCUUUCAGACCGACAACGGGCAGUUCCGCAAGGAGAAACGGCUGCAGGACGGCACAGUCAUCGGCACAGAGGCCUGGAUCGACGCUGCCGGCUUUUUGCGGCAGAAGGACUACAUCGCGGACAAAGAGGGAUACCGCAUACUAAAAUCCAAGACAAUUUUCGUGGGUCAAAACAGAGGCAUUGAGGAGGCAAUCAAGUCCACGAAAGCAGCGCCAGCUCAAUCUGGCGUUCUGGUCGAUGGGAAUGUGGGCGGCAACAGCGUAGCCGGCGGCUAUCGCAAACAUGGCUAUGGGUAUAGCAGCACAACCACAACUACCACGCCCCCGCCAGCAUUGUAUAGCUCACCAAACUUGGCCACUGCAAAUCUGGAGUCUGGCGUGGGCAAACUCAACUAUCUGCCGCCCGAGCAGGCAGCCAAGAUAGAGCCGCAAACGCAGCUAGGAUUCGAUCACUAUCCGGACGAGCUGCCAAGAGCGCGCGAUCAUCUCUUGGGCGGCAAUGUGCACAUUCAGCCCAACGCGGAGCCCAUCGAUGAGAUCAAUGCGAUCAACGUGUACGACGAGGAGGCGGAUCAUGGCUUUGCGCCGGGUCGCUUUGCUGCCGUGAUUGCUUCAACGACGCCGCGUCCUGCCGUGUCCUCGCCGGCUUUCUUGGCGCCAGAGCUGUCCAUGCUGCCGCCUCUGAGCGCGCACCGCAGGAGAGUGCGACCACGCCCAACAGCCGUUGGCAUUGUGUCGACGACUCCCGCGCCCAUUGCUGCGCAGGAUCAGUUUGCUUAUUCAACGCCCGCCCCCUUCGUUGCGCCGCCCUCCCUAGGCGAUGCCGGCUAUCAUUACGCGCCUACAGCCACGCCCCUGCGCAGCUCGUAUGGCUUAUACACGUCCAAUUUACCGCUGGAUGUGAAUGCAUUGGAUUCGCCUUUGCUGCCACCGUUGCCGGAUCGGGCGUACCGCCGCCGACUGCGUCCGCUGCACAGCAACAAUCUGGAUGCCUCGGACUACGAUGGGGUCAGCGUGACUCGCAAUGGGUUCCGCUAUGUGCUGCCCAAGCAGUACCACGAGGAGGCCCAGGUGGAUGGCAAGCGAGCGGGCAGCUACGGCUAUGUGGAUCCGUUCGGCAUACGCCGUGUCGUCUACUACAAUGCAGCUCCCGGGCGUGGCUUCGUGCACCGCAACAACAAUCAGUAUGUGGGUGCUAAUGGAGCGCCGUACGACGAUCCCGGCCCAGCGCAGCUGGUGAACGAGUGAAGUGCGUCAUAGCAAUUAAUCGA